UUAUAGUCCAUUUCAAAUUGAUGACUCAUUGUAACACGUGUAUAAGUUAUCAAAAAGCUAGAAACUUGUCUUUGAUUCCACAAUAAUCCAGAAACAACACAACCAAAUUUCUAUAGAUGUUUCCUGAAUAUUUGGGAUAUAACUCUAGAACUUUCUCUUUAGUCACUGAUCAUUUUCUAUAUCUAUAUAUACCCAAAAGUAAAAGCUUUUCACCAACCAAACACAAACUAUCCAACAGAGAUUUCAUUCAACUGCGUGAAGAGAGAAUUUGAAAAGAUGAGUUUGUUUGACAUGGAUUUGAGUGGUGUAGUGAACAAUCUGUUCAACCUUCAUGAAACUCCUAGGAUUCACGACAAUCAUGAGAGCAGAAAAACUUCCACUAGUGUCCCAGUUGACAUUUUGGAUACUCCUAAGGAAUAUAUAUUCUUCAUGGAUUUUCCUGGUCUCUCCAAGUCGGAAAUUCAGGUGACAGUUGAAGAUGAAAACACUCUUGUGAUAAAGAGCAAUGGAAAAAGGAAACGCGGAGAUGGAGAAGAUGAAGGCUGCAAGUACCUUAGGCUGGAGAGAAGAGCGCCUCAGAAAAUGCUGAGGAAGUUUCGUUUGCCAGAGAAUGCUAAUGUAUCGGAAAUCACAGCUAAAUGUGAGAAUGGAGUUCUUACUGUGGUUGUAGAGAAGCAGAGUCAACCUCCAAAAUCAAAAACAGUUGAAGUUGCCAUUGUUUAAGGGAUUGGGUUUAGAUCUUUUGUAGUGUUUUGUUUACCUGUUUAGAAGUUUACAGAAGUGGUUUUAGCUUUUGAGUUUGUGGAUGUUAAGGUGGAAAUUGAAGUGUUGAAUCAAUGUUUCUAGUUUCUAGUCCAAAA